CGGCAGGGAAGUCCCGGGUCAGUUCAUAGCAGAGAGUACUUCACCGAGGAAGUGGUCUGGAUAACGGCCCCCCGGAUGGUGCGGCUGGGUGAUGAGUACGAUGGCCACUACCUUUCCAGUCACCUAGCCAAGGAGAGGCAAGAGUGGGAGGACUGAGGAUCGCACCCAUGAACUGGUCAGCAGUCACAGGACCUUCAAGUGGAGGCCAAUCGUGCUGGUCAGCGGUCUAUGAGCGAGUCCGAUCAGCGAGUUAUCCGCCAGCAAACAUUCCACCGUCUGGAAACACGGUUCUGCUUGGUUGGAUGCCGUCACAGUGGCCUCGGAGUCGACCGGAUCCCACCACGGCUGAGGAAUUGCAUGCAAGUCUUGCUGAGUAUGAAAUUGCACAGACAAAAGUCUGCCUUGGUCGCUGGUUUGAAGUCAGAGAAGGUGUCGGGCGACAUCCAAGCAUCAGCUUGGACAAGUCGCUGUGAUAUGGAUCCACACUUCCGAGCCGACUCUCACUUUUGCAUGCACUGUUCUCGCAUUCCUGGAGUCCUUUGCUUCUCGCGAGUCAGUCAUUGCUUCACAGUUCAGUUCAUUUUUGCUCGCGCCCCAUUCUUGAUUGCGAUUGCUCGAAACGCCGUCGUUUUGUCGGUAGAAUCCAAUACAUCUCUUUCAAGUGUGAGUGCGGUCCCGGCUGCUGUUGAGUGGGAAACACAGACUGUGUUCGCUGCGCAUUCAGGACAGCGAAAGCGGAAACGGCUGAGCGAUGGGAUUGUUGAUGCAUUGGUGGCGGGCAAGUAUUCAGAGCCCAGACGAUCCUGCUGCCGGGGAAGGGUACCGCAUGUUCUGUUUCGCAUCGUACUGAAUUGAAAAUGACAACGCCUGCACAUCGAGUCAAAUCCAAAGCCCAGUCGAUGAGGACUGUGUUCGCAGUGCGGUGUGUGAUCCAUUACCAGUGGCC